CUGGGUGGAGAAGAAAGUCCUUUCGUGACAAUGUGUCAUGCGUUCUGGUCACUGCGCUCCUUAAAGUCACCAUUUUUCUGGUCCUGCAGUGUUCUGCUAUUUUUUUAUUUUUUUUUUGAAGGAAUGAAAAUUCAAUCUCACUUAAGCCGGAUUCAGAAAAUAGGUCAUCGAUGAAACAUCUAUAUGGAUUAUUUCAUUACAACUCCAUGAUGCUUGGUCUUGAAUCGCUUCCGGAUCCCACAGACACCUGGGAAAUUAUAGAGACCAUUGGUAAAGGCACAUAUGGCAAGGUCUAUAAGGUCACUAAUAAGAGAGAUGGGAGCCUGGCUGCAGUGAAAAUUCUGGACCCCAUCAGUGAUAUGGAUGAAGAAAUUGAGGCAGAAUACAACAUUCUGCGGUUUCUUCCGAAUCACCCCAAUGUUGUAAAGUUUUAUGGGAUGUAUUACAAGGCGGAUCACUGUGUGGGAGGACAGCUAUGGCUGGUCCUGGAGCUGUGUAACGGGGGCUCUGUCACUGAGCUGGUCAAAGGCCUUCUCAGGUGCGGCCAGCGACUGGAUGAAGCCAUGAUCUCCUACAUCUUGUACGGGGCUCUCUUGGGCCUUCAGCAUUUGCACAACAACCAGAUCAUCCACCGGGAUGUGAAGGGGAACAACAUUCUUCUGACGGCAGAAGGAGGAGUCAAGCUCGUUGACUUUGGUGUCUCAGCUCAACUCACCAGCACACGAUUAAGGAGAAACACAUCAGUUGGCACCCCGUUCUGGAUGGCCCCUGAGGUCAUUGCUUGUGAGCAGCAGUAUGACUCUUCCUAUGAUGCUCGCUGUGACGUCUGGUCCUUAGGGAUCACAGCCAUUGAACUGGGGGAUGGAGACCCUCCCCUCUUUGACAUGCAUCCUGUAAAAACUCUCUUUAAGAUUCCGAGAAAUCCACCGCCUACCUUACUGCAUCCAGAAAAAUGGUGUGAGGAAUUCAACCACUUUAUUUCACAGUGUCUUAUUAAGGAUUUUGAAAAGAGACCUUCCGUCACGCAUCUCCUCGACCAUCCAUUUAUUAAGGGAGCUCAUGGGAAGGUUUUAUUCCUGCAAAAACGGCUGGCCAGGGUGCUCCAGGAGCAGAAGCAGCUAAACUCUGCUGCUAAAAUCAGGCAUGAGAGGAUGCAUACCAGGGGACCCUAUCAUGUGCAGGAUGCUGAAAAAUACUGCCUCGAGGAUGAUUUGGUCAAUCUCGAGGUCCUGGAUGAGGAAACAAUUAUUCAUCACUUGCAGAAGCGUUAUGCAGACUCACUGAUUUACACAUAUGUUGGAGAUAUUCUAAUUGCCUUAAACCCCUUCCAGAAUCUAAGCAUCUACUCUCCACAGUUUUCCAGGCUCUAUCAUGGGGUGAAGCGCAUCUCGAAUCCCCCCCACAUAUUUGCAUCAGCAGAUGCUGCUUACCAGUGCUUGGUUACUUUCAGCAAAGACCAGUGCAUUGUCAUCAGCGGAGAAAGUGGCUCAGGGAAGACGGAAAGCGCCCACCUGAUUGUUCAGCAUCUGACUUUCUUGGGAAAGGCCAAUAAUCAGACCUUGCGAGAAAAAAUUCUACAAGUCAACUCCCUGGUGGAAGCCUUUGGGAAUGCAUGCACGGCCAUCAAUGACAACUCAAGCCGUUUUGGAAAAUAUCUGGAAAUGAUGUUUACACCAACUGGAGCUGUGAUGGGGGCAAGAAUCUCAGAAUAUCUCCUUGAGAAAUCCAGAGUUAUAAAACAGGCAACGGGAGAGAAAAAUUUUCACAUAUUUUACUAUAUUUAUGCUGGUCUUUAUCACCAAAAGAAACUUUCUGAGUUCAAACUUCCUGAGGAAAAACCUCCUAGGUACAUAGCUGAUGAAACUGGAAGAGUCAUGUAUGACAUAAUUUCCAAGGAGUCUUACAGAAGCCAGUUUGAAGCAAUUCAGCAUUGUUUCAGGAUUAUUGGAUUCUCUGAAAAGGAGGUGCACUCCGUGUACAGAAUUCUGGCUGGGAUUUUGAAUAUCGGGAACAUUGAAUUUGCAGCUAUUUCCUCUCAACACCAAACUGAUAAAAGUGAGGUGCCCAAUCCUGAAGCUUUGGAAAAUGCUGCUUCUAUUCUCUGCAUCAGCCCCAAAGAGCUGCUGAAGGCUCUCACAUCCCACUGUGUGGUCACAAGGGGCGAGACCAUCGUCCGCGCCAACCCUGUGGACAGGGCUGCGGAUGUUCGGGAUGCCAUGUCGAAAGCUCUGUAUGGGAGGCUCUUCAGCUGGAUUGUGAAUCGCAUCAAUACACUCCUGCAGCCAGAGAAAAACAUAUGUCAUUCAGGUAAUGGAAUGAACGUGGGAAUCUUGGACAUUUUUGGAUUUGAGAACUUUCAGAGAAAUUCAUUUGAGCAGCUCUGCAUAAACAUCGCCAAUGAGCAAAUCCAGUACUAUUUCAAUCAGCACGUCUUUGCUCUUGAGCAGAUGGAGUACAAGAACGAGGGCAUUGAUGCCAUGCCUGUGGAGUAUGAGGACAAUCGCCCACUCUUGGACAUGUUCCUCCAGAAGCCCCUGGGCCUGCUUGCACUUUUAGAUGAGGAGAGUCGGUUUCCCCAAGCAAGGGACCAGACCCUGGUUGAUAAAUUUGAAAAUAAUUUACGAUGCAAGUAUUUCUGGAGGCCCAAAGGAGCGGCGCUGUGCUUUGGCAUUUGGCAUUACGCUGGAAAGGUACUAUAUGAUGCUUCUGGGGUUCUUGAGAAAAACAGAGACACCCUCCCUGCUGACGUGGUUAUAGUCCUGAGAACGUCAGAAAACAAGCUUCUUCAGCAACUCUUCUCCAUCCCUUUGACCAAAACAGGUAAUUUGGCCCAGUCAAGAGCCAAGAUAAUAGCAGCCUCAAGAUCUUUGCCUCCGCAUUUCAGUUCUGGGAGAGCUAAGGUGGACACCCUGGAGAUGAUGCGGCAUCCGGAAGAAAGCACCAACAUGAAGAGGCAAACCAUGGCUUCUUACUUCCGGUAUUCUCUGAUGGACUUGCUCUCCAAAAUGGUGAUUGGACAGCCCCACUUUGUGCGUUGCAUUAAACCCAAUGAUGACCGAGAGGCCCUGAAGUUCUCUCGAGAGAGGGUCCUCACCCAGCUCCGCUCCACGGGCAUCCUGGAGACCGUCAACAUCAGAAGGCAGGGUUAUUCCCACCGCAUCCUCUUCGAAGAGUUUGUGAAAAGGUAUUAUUACUUGGCAUUCAGAGCACAUCAAACGCCUCCUGCUAGUAAAGAGAGCUGUGCUGCUAUCUUGGAAAAGUCCAAAUUGGAUCACUGGGUACUGGGGAAAACAAAGGUUUUUCUCAAAUACUACCAUGUCGAGCAAUUAAAUCUGCUACUGCAAGAAGUCAUAGGCAGAGUGGUUAUCCUACAGGCGUAUACCAAGGGGUGGCUUGGAGCCAGGAGAUACAAAAGAGUCAGAGAGAAGAGAGAGAAGGGUGCCAUCACCAUCCAGUCAGCCUGGAGAGGAUAUGAAGCUCGGAGCAAAUUUAAGAAAAUAAGCAACAGAAGGAGUGAGUCUGCUGCUCAUAUUCAAGCAGGUCUGAGGGUGGCUCCUGAUCUGAAAAGCCACCCAGAAGGAGACUAUGACUAUUCAGAGACUUCAAGCUACUUUCCUGAUGUCACUAAGAAAAAUUGGCAUUCACAGGCCCAGAGUUCUCCAAACGGGUAUGAUGUCUUCCAAAGACCUGCGAAUAAGAAUUCAAUGGCUGGGACUAAUGCACUGACUUCUUGGACACAUCGUGCUACCCCAGAUCACCAAGAACUGAGUCCCUGUGAAGCUCCUUGGAAACCUGGUUCAGAAGACGGUCUUGCACAGAAGCAGCGAACACCUCGCCGACGCUAUCAGCAGCCCAAAAUGUUGAGUAGCCCUGAGGACACCAUGUACUAUAACCAGUUAAAUGGAACUCUAGAAUAUCAAGGGAGCAAGAGGAAGCCAAGAAAACUUGGCCAUCUCAAAGUGCUGGAUGGGGAAGACGAAUACUACAAGUCUCUGUCCCCAGUGGCCGGUAUCCCUGAGAACAUCGCAGCCCACCUUUUCUUUUUUUCUUCAUCCUCAAAGGGAAAUUAUUUUGCUCAACACUGAGUUGCACUUCCUGGCCCCAAAUCUGCCCAAGGGUUCUAGGAAUGGACUUGCCACCAAUCCUCCUGAGGAAAGGCCUUACAAACUGCAUUUUUAGUCAAUGAAUAAAUUUUGUCACAUCAUAAUAAUGGAUUAUUGUGUAUCUGUUAGAAAUUAAGAUUUCGUUAACUAUGUAAAACCAGGGAGAAAUCUUUAUGGUAAAAGAAUAUAAAAGGCUGUGCAUGAUGUACACUCUGGUUUCCAUAGUUCAAGGACAGGUGUGGAGCGUGGCAGGUAAUGGAUAGACUUCCCACGGCGGGAAGAUGGAUUCCAACUCUUCUGUUUUCAUUGGAACUUCUGAAAAUUACAAAAAAAAAAAAAAGGGCUGUGUGAGACUUGAGAGUGGACUGAUGUGAGAGAGAAGCAAGAAGAUUUAGACCAGAACACGUGGGGGCCUGUGCCUUUGUAGGGUGACCACCUUACCCACAGCGCAGCCUCAGCCUGGCACGCUUCAGGACUCAAUUUCUUCAGCCUGUCAUGUGAUAUUCUGGCUCUGGAGGAUUGAUCAGUGCAAUCUAAAAGUUUUCAUCAUGUUUUAAGUCAAAAUCUUUUUCUUCCUGUGAAUUGUGAGGAAAGCUCGGGAGAAAGUCUGUGAAACAGUCCUGCAGGGCCGAGCUGCUCCCAUGGAUUCUUCAACCCCUGAUCCCUGAGACACCUCUGCUGCCCUCCUGAGUUUUUAGGAGAGCUGAAACCUGUCUUUCUAAUUUUUCAGAUGAUGAAUGAAUAAAACAGAAAGGGAA